AUGGCCCGUACCAAGCAAACAGCAAAGAAGACACCAAAGAAGAAACGUGGAGAUACCCACAUUGGAAGCCGUGGUGGGUCCCCUACUGGAUCCCAAGGUUCCACCAAUGGUAGUGGAGGAGGCCGUCGUAAGGCCAAAAUGAUACUUGAGAUUCAGAAGUACCAGAAAGGUGUAGGCAAGUUGGUACCAAAGGCUCCAAUGUACCGUGUUAUUAGAGACAUCACCAAUGAUCUUGAUAUGAAAGACCCUAAGACUGGAGCUAAGCAAUCUUUUCGUUGGACCAAAACUGCAAUUGAAACCCUUCACGAGGUGGCAGAAGAUCAUCUGGUUGAGUACUUUGGCAAGGCUGUUCACUGUAUGCAUCACCGUAAAAAGGUUACCUUGAAAGUGGAGGAUUUACGUUUGGCCUUGUUCCUCACAGACAAGUAUGACCUUGGUGGCAAUGCCAACCUGAAGGAGAAAAACAUGAGCAACCUCAUGAAUAAGCACAAUAUGAAAGAAUCGAAAUGA